GUGGGGGGCUCAUUCUGUUUGCGGGCUCCGCCUAGGCCGGGUGUGUGUGUGUGUGUGAGCGGACAGUGAAGGACGGCUCGUUGUUUUGGUUGUGAAGGAAGAAGCGGGGAGGACUCGGCCGAAUAUUUGUACCGGAGAACAGUAUAGCCGCCAUCUGUCAUGGGGAACUGUCAUACGGUGGGGCCGAACGAGGCGCUGGUGGUGUCUGGUGGCUGCUGUGGCUCCGAUACUAAACAGUAUGUUUACGGAGGAUGGGCCUGGGCUUGGUGGUGUAUCGCCGAUACUCAGAGACUGUCAUUGGAGGUUAUGACCAUCCUUUGUCGCUGCGAGAAUAUUGAGACAUCGGAGGGGGUCCCUCUGUUCGUAACGGGGGUUGCACAGGUGAAAAUCAUGACAGAGAGAGAGCUCCUGGCUGUGGCAAGUGAGCAGUUCCUUGGCAAAAAUGUCCAUGAGAUAAAGAAUGUGGUACUUCAGACCUUGGAGGGACAUCUACGAUCUAUUCUUGGUACCCUAACAGUGGAGCAGAUCUAUCAGGACAGAGAUCAGUUUGCCAAGCUGGUACGUGAGGUGGCGGCUCCUGAUGUUGGCCGUAUGGGUAUUGAGAUCUUGAGCUUCACCAUCAAGGAUGUGUAUGACAAGGUUGAGUACCUGAGCUCCCUGGGCAAGACCCAGACUGCUGUUGUGCGGAGAGAUGCUGAUAUUGGUGUUGCUGAAGCGGAAAGGGAUGCGGGCAUUAGAGAAGCCAUAUGUAAAAAGGAAAUGCUGGAUGUCAAGUACCUGGCUGAUACCAAAAUAGCAGAUUCCAAAAGAGAAUUUGAACUUCAGAAAGCAGCAUUCAGCCAGGAAGUGAAUACCAAGAAAGCAGAGGCCCAGCUGGCUUACGAGUUGCAGGCAGCCAAAGAACAGCAGAAGAUUCGCCAGGAAGAGAUUGAGAUUGAAGUGGUGCAGCGUAAAAAGCAGAUUGAUAUUGAGGAGAAGGAAAUCAUACGUACGGACAAGGAGCUGAUCGCCAUGGUCAGAAGACCAGCAGAAGCUGAGGCAUAUAGGAUGCAACAGAUUGCUGAAGGAGAAAAGGUUAAACAAGUGCUUAUAGCUCAGGCCGAAGCUGAGAAAAUCCGAAAAGUGGGAGAAGCUGAUGCAUCGGUUAUUGAAGGUAUUGGUAAAGCAGAAGCUGAGAGGAUGAAGCUGAAAGCUGGAGCUUAUCAGAGUUAUGGAGAGGCUGCUAAAAUGGCCCUGGUUUUGGAGUGCCUGCCUGAGAUCGCUGCCAAAAUUUCCGCUCCCCUGGCCAAGGUGGAUGAGAUUCUCAUUCUUAGCGGUGAAAACAGUAAAAUAACUGGCGAACUGAACCGCCUGCUCGCUGAAGUCCCUGCUUCUGUUCAAGCACUCACUGGAGUGGAUCUGACUAAGAUCCCGCUGCUACAGAAAGCCACCGGCAUCAUGACAUAAGAUGGAGGACAAGAUGCCACCCCUUGUUCACAUCAGUGAAAUGCCUUCAAACAUGUCAGGACUCUGUUUUACACAGAAAAGACAAUUUCAGUUACAUUUUGAAAUAUCUGGUGCCUUACAUUUCAGGACCAGAAUACAAUGUCUCAUUUCAUUUCGUGUUUUUAGUUCUCAUCAGUUGAUUUUAUUUUAUGUUUGCUAGUUACUUGAUUUGUUUCUAUAAUGCAAUGUUUGCAAGGCAGGUUUCUUUAUUUGGCUGGAGUUGCUGCCUCGGUGCCUUCAGGCUUUUCACCCUCUGGUGUAUACUGUCAGUGCUGCCAAAAUGCUGCUUUUCAUUCUUAAAUGCAAGGACUCCAGCCGUUUUUGAUAUGUUGUUUAUGGCACUGACCCAUGGCGCCUGCCGCUAGAUGUGUUUGUGUGUCAGAGCUGACUGCUCUUCAUCAAAGUGACCCAUGUAUAAUCGCAUCAAAAACAUCUGGCCUUGGCUACAGUUACUUUGCAUCUUGCUGAGAAUCUAUGCAGGUGACUAAAUAUUGUGCUUCAGUAGCUUGGAGUGCUCAUUGCCAGCCAUUUUGUUAGGUCUUGGCUGUGUAAAUAUCACAUGUAGCGCAGGCCUAGUCAGACAAUGACACUGCUUACUGCUGGUGCUCAUACCCUUACUCAUGCCUCAAAAGCCUUUACUUAUUGGAACAACCGCUUACUAUUGCCUCUUUAAAUAGACUGUGUGUUUUUUUUUAUUGCGUACGGUUGUCCAUUUCUCAGAAAUUUAUUUUAAAAGCAUUUAACUUAUGAAAUAGAUGUACCCCAAUAUAUUAUACCCAGUGGUUAUAUAGCUAUAUAUACAUAUAUAUGACACUAUGUGAUAGACUAACUUUUUACUGUAAAGAAAUUUCCAAAUUUUCAGAGGUGUCAAUACUUUUUUUUAGUUGGUCCUUAAAAGUAGUAAAGAUACUGAAUGAUCUGUCAUUUUACCUUUUAAGAAUAUUGGUAUUCUUUUUUCAGACUUUUUAUAAAACCUUUCAUUUUAAAAACGUUUUUUCAGGUUCUCCAGCUUUCUAUGCCAAGGGGUGAAAUAAUCUGGGUUCAUUCCCAUCUGAUUUUUCUAAAUGUAUUUGUUUGACCCUGUUACAUUAUGCCUCUCAGUUGUCUUGUAUUCUGCUCAAGUAGUCGGGCUUGUUUUUUUUUUUUAAGUGUCAGAAGGAAGUAUUGUCACAUAGUCUGUUUUGCAGCAACUAAUCGGACUGCCUAAUUUCAUUUUUAGAGGCAUUAAAGAAAGUAGUUUGGUUACAAACGGGCAAUAUGGAUUGGCUGGAAAUCUUCCACAAGGCGCUAUUGGCAUAUAAAACACAAGACCAUCACUGCCAUCAUCUGUGUUGAGUGCACAAAAAGGAAAAAAAAAUCAGACUGUAAUGGCCAGACAAGGAGUACACAAAAUGAUAUAUAAAAUAUAUAAUUUUAUUACAAAUUUGCAUAAAAUUGAUAAAAUAUUGUAUGACAUCCACUAAAACAUUAUUAUUAUUAUUAUUAUUAUUAUUAUUAUUAUUAUUGGGCAUAAUAUUGUAUGCCUAAUACUAGUAUAGUCAGUUCUCCAUGAGUCAACGCAUUUCACUUAAUUUGCUUCAUCAGGACACAUGGAAGGGAAUAAUAGUUGUCUAUAACAGAAAAAAAAUAUUAUGAUUACACAUAAAGGUAGAUACACGAGCAUUACUACAUAUCACCUGCAAAAUGCCACCUCAAUGGCUGAACAACUAUAGUGCAUAGGAGAUCCAAGGGGCAUGAUUUGGACAAAAGUUUAUGUGUAGAGAAAGCAGAUGGAUUUAUUUGAUCACGUGUAUAAGGAUUUACAGUUGGUCCUACCUGUGAGCCUUAUCCAAUGUUUCUAGGGAUAUGUCAUACAGCAUAGUAUGAAUUUUAAGUAGAUCUGUAAACAAAAUUACAUUUUAUGUUUUUUAUAUAUUAUAGAAUAUAUAUAAUGUGUGUGUGUGUGUGUGUGUGUGUGUGUGUGUGUAUGUGUGUACUCCUUGUCUUGCCAGUAUAGUCUGAAGACACUAAUAAAUGGGCCUCAUGAAGUCUCAUAGAUUUAAUUUUUAGCCAUAUUUAAAGUUAACCGACAAUCUGGACAGUAUAUGUUGGUGGUGAUGAUGCAUAUUUGACAGUUGCACUUAUCCUAAGUAAUAGGCACACUGUUUGCUGUGCCUGAAGUUUUCUGCCAUUUUCACAAUAAAGUUAAAAUGCCCAAGACAUAA